GUGGCGCGGUCGUCGACGCAGCGUCUGCCAGACUAUUUUUAUUUUGAUUGUGAAUCAUAUAACAACCUGGCUUAAUUUAUUUAUACAUUAUAAACAUUCGUUCGUGAUUAAUUCUGUAUUUACAAAACACAUACUCGUGUCGAGUGAUAUAUUGUUAAAGCGGUUCCGAUAUUUGGUGCUAACCUCCUUCUUUUUUACUUGUGUUUUUGAGAACUGCAAGACGUGAUCGAUAUGUGCAAGAUGUAUUACAGAUGACUUUGCAUUACGUUUGACAUCGUGUUAAUUAUCUGAUGCGGUGGCGGUGGUGAAAUUGGCGGGAUGCAGGGCGGCGGCGCGCCCGCCACCGACGUCGACCAGGCGCAGUUCGAAGCGGACAAGCGCGCUGUUUACAAACACCCACUCUUCCCCCUCCUCGCUCUACUCCUGGAGAGAUGCGAGCAAGCGACAGCUGGCGCGGAGCCUCCAGCUGCAGAUGCCUUCGGUGCAGACCUCCAAGCCUUCGUGCAACACCAGAGGAGGGACAGGCGACCUUUCCUUGUGGACGAUCCAGAGAUAGACGGGCUGAUGAUCAAGAGCAUUCAGGUCCUUCGGAUUCAUCUCCUAGAAUUGGAAAAGGUUCAAGAGUUGUGUAGAGACUUCUGCGGCAGAUAUAUAGCGUGUUUGAAGACUAAAAUGCAGAGCGAAAACCUGUUACGAACUGACUAUAGUGCGGGUGGUGUUGAAAGUAACAACAAUCUCUCUGGGACGAUGGAUGAUCAUUCCAGUACGUCCAACUCGCCACAGUAUCAGUCCCCCGCGCCGCUGGCCGCGCCCCCCUUCCCCGCCUACCCCGCCGUCGCCGACCUGCCCUUCCAGCACCGCGAGCCGCCGGCUCUCGUAGUACAAGGUUCGACACCGAUCGGUCAAAUCGGCGCCGGACUCCUCUCCACGGAUUCGUUUACGGGCACGAACUCCAACUCGUGCUCGUCGGUGUCGGGCUCCCCCCCGCCGGCGGCCGACGACGAGGAGGAGGGCGGCAAGCGCGGCGUGCUGCCGCGGCACGCCACGCAGGUCAUGCGCGCCUGGCUCUUCCAGCACCUCGUGCAUCCGUACCCAACUGAGGAAGAGAAGAGGUCACUCGCGGCCCAGACUCGACUCACUCUAUUGCAAGUCAACAAUUGGUUCAUUAACGCGCGACGUCGUAUAUUACAACCGAUGCUGGACUGUCAGGACAAGCCUGGAGGUAAGAAAAGUAAAAACGGGUCGUCCAUUAGCAAAAGAUACUGGCCCGACGCGCUCACCAACCCCCAGUUUACAGCAGGUCUUCUCUCAUCAUCAGAGGACGAAGACCAAGAAGGUGAACAAUCCGGUGAUGAACACGAAUCCCAGAAUGAGGAGCAAAGUGAAAACACCAACUACCCACCCAUACAGCAAUCAAUGCAUUGAGCACCAUAAUGUUAGAACGGGACAGCACGUCACAUGACACGCAUACAAACAAAAAGACAAAACUGUGUAUACCAUAGAUAUAAGUAGAUUUAAUAACAUGUAUACGUAAUAAUUACCUCACUAUUUUAAACUAAUAACCAAUAGUUGCUUUUAUAUCUUUUUGCAAUGGUCAUAUAGAAUAGAUAAUAUAUAGAUCGGUCUUAAAGUCAUUUUUUAUAUUGAAACGAUUAAAUAAAAAUCGAUUAUUCGUUAUAAAUAAUAUUAAACAUCGAUUCAAAAUCGAGAAUAUCGGAAAUAUAUUGUCUAUUUUGUAGAACUGAAAGAUUAAAUAGAAUUAAAUGAGCACUCUUCUGCGCUUUUUAAUCUGUAAUUUGGUUUCAUCAGCUGUUUCGUUAAUUGUGAAUGAUGUACGUUGAACUAAAAAUUCGCAGAAGAAUUUGCUGUUUCGGAAUUGCUCUUUGUUUAAAAUAUAUUCAUUUUAUGAGCUGGCAACAUUUAAUUCCGAAUGUCAUUCGUCACAAUAAAUUUAUGUCGAGCUUACGAUACGAACAACUACGCUACUAGUUUGUUUUGUAUUAAAAAAUAAUUCUAAGCAGUUUAUUAAAAAAAAAGAAGUUUAAUUUUGAAGAACUGCCAUUACACAUUUGUAAUACAAUCCUAACAGUCAUUUGGCAUGCACUAGCGGCAUUUUGAAAGCGAAUGUUGCCAUAUCAUUAAAUGAAUUAUUCUAAUCAUUUUAUACACAGCUUUAAAAUAAUUAAUAUAAUAUUAUUUACCGCUUAACAGUUAUUGUGUAUCGUCAAUUUUUUAACCGGUUGUGAGUAAGGUAGUUUUUUUUUCUCACUUUCACCGACUGAACAGAAUGAAAAAAAUAGUAAUAAGAAUAUUUUUACCACGAAAAAAGAAACUAUAGACAAUACCGUCCAUAGACAGAAAUUGUAUUUAUUUGUAUAUAUGUUUAAUAUACUCGAUUAUUUUUAUUAUUUUUUCUUUUCUACAGCCGCCAUAUUAGGUUAGAUGUAAUAUUAGUACAAACAUAGGAUGUAUAAUGCGAUUUAAAACGUGGUAUUGAAAACACUAAAAUGAUAAUAUCCUCCUAUUUCCGGUUUAAAAUUCAGAAAUCAAAUUCAAUCGUUGAAUUAAAAGCUAUACUGUUUGUUAAUGUUCAAAGCAAAAAUUACUACCGGUUUUGAAAAUGGUUCACUAACCUGCUGGUUAACUAACAAUGCCUUUUGAAUGUGAUAUUUUAUAAUAAACGUGUAAAAUAUUUACAAUCAUAGCUUAUCACAAUGAAAUAGUCCCUAUCCAGUAACAUUAUACGUGAAAUUUAAAUUGUCAUUCUUUUUUUAGUCUGUGGCAAUAUAUUCUUUUUCUUUUUGAGCUUAGAAUUUAUUAUAAGUGCCAGUAGAUUCAUGAAAACGAUUCUGAAUUGUUAUGUUACAGUGUUGAAUUAAAUGUACCACUAUUUGGGAAGUAGAUUAUACCGAGAACCAGUUGCCUUUUCUCAAUAAUAGUUUAAUGUUUAGUUUUGAUUUUUGCGAUUUGGGUGAAUUGUAAUUAGGCGUUUUUUUUGUAUUUAGAUUUAAAGUCUAAUAGAGACUACUGUUUCUAAGUGAGAGCUAUAAAUAGAUCAGUGGUGUUAACUCAUGUAAAGUUCAUCUAAACGCUGACUUUUAAAUGUUGACGGUUUAUUACAUAGUAUCGUAUAAAGCCGUCAUAUAAUAAACAUUUUCUUAAACAAUAUUAAUGCUCGAAGCGAACAAAUUUUCUCGAGAGGAAAAAAUACUUAAACUUACCUCUUACUCUAAGUAUAGUAGUCAAAUUAAUAACAAUAAUAGAUUUUCUAUUGCUCAAUAUAAUGUUGAUACAAUGAACAAA